AUGUCCCAGACGGUUCAUAAACUUAUCAUUCUUCGUCAUGGAGAAUCUCAAUGGAAUCAUGAAAAUAAAUUCUGUGGUUGGAUUGAUAUUAAUCUUUCUGAAAAGGGUAAAGCUGAAGCUCUUAAUGCAGGGAAAUUAAUCUUUGAAAAUGGGUUAAAACCGGAUAUAUUAUAUACUUCCAAAUUAUCUCGAUCGAUUGAAACUGGAUUAAUCAUUUUAAAUCGAAUUAAUCGCAUUUGGAUUGAUCAUAUCAAAAGUUGGAAAUUAAAUGAAAGACAUUAUGGUACUUAUCAAGGAUGUGAUAAAUUUGAAAUUUUUAAAAGUUUAGGUCAAGAUAAAGAAAAAUUUCAAUAUAUUCGUCGGAAUUAUUUUGGAUGUCCUCCAUUAAUCCCUCAAGAUGAAAUUGAUAUAUCGAUUGAUGAUCGAUAUGAUUCAAUCGAUAAUAAAAGUCAAUUACCCAGAGGUGAAAGUCUUGAAAUGGUAAUGAAACGUUUAAUCCCUUAUUUCAAUGAAGAAAUCUUAAUCAAACAUUUAUUAAAACGAAAUCAAACCGUAUUAAUCGUCACUCAUGGAUCAAUCGUAAGAAGUUUAAUCAAAUAUUUAAAUAAUAUUAAUAAUGAUCAAAUUUCAAAUAUUAAUGUCCCAACUGGGGUACCAUUGAUAUUUGAAUUAGAUGAGAAUUUAAAAUUAGUUAAAGAUUAUUAUUAUUUAGAUAAUGAAUUAGCUAAAAAGGGAAUUGAAAAAGUUGCAAAUGAAGGUUUAAAAAAACAGGAAAAAUUAUAGAAUGGUAGUUUAGUAUUAUAUAGUUUAUGUAUUUGUUAAAUUUUUUGGAUUAUUAUAUAGAUUAAGAAACAUUGUUUCUUAUUUGAAAUGGAA